AUGGACAACCAGAGUUUCGAAACUGUGACGGCCACAGUGAACCAAAUUGCCACAGUAAUAGACACAGCGCCAGAUCAAUGGAGGGAAUAUCUUGUUGCAGCAAGACAGAUCACGGCGCAUUUGGAGCUCACAAAUGUGAUCCAUGAGCAUGCAAGCAGGCAGUGGCAGAUCUGGCUCAUUGAUGUCCUCCAGAGAUUUGCGUACUCCGACACAGACAGCGAGGGCGUGCCCGAUAUAGCCAACUGGUGCCUACGACAAGCGCUUACGGUUUUGGAACUCGCGCCCGGAGAAGCUGAUCUCAUGAGAUUGAUAGGGCAAAACUGGCUCUCGAGGGCCCAGCCAAACCUGGCAAGAAUACACCAGUUAGAUGGUUUUUCAAGUAGCAGUGGAAGUAGCAUGGGAGCAAUAACAUCUUCCCCAUCACUUACCAGGAGUGAGGAUGAAAGACAGGCAGCCAGAGCUAUGGCGGAGGCUGAAGAGAGACUGCAUACAGCAGAUUACGUAGUCGCGCGAGGUUUGCUCUUGCCGGCAACUGAGUACCUAGGUCGAGCGGUUGACAUGGCACUGGCUCGGGGGGAUCAGACCGGAAGUCUCCUGACUGCGGCCGCUGAAGCUUAUAUGAGCUUGGGGAAUGUAUCAUAUGCGCGAGUCAAUGAGCGAUACUUCCGUGAAGCGCUCAGAUAUCUCAGACUGGCCGACAACGUGCCUGACUACACUCUUCCGGUACAUUUGCGGCAGUGA